AUGGCCACGAGGCUCCAUCUUCGCCAAACAGCCAGUUUUCGUGGAUCGGGCGGAUCUCCUGGUGGGAGGGUGACGACUGUCUUUGACCCUGUGCUUGGCACUGCCCGGUGCCAUUGUCGACUCAGGAUCCCAAAUAACAGACCUCGAAUUCCACGUUCAAUCGGAGUCCUCAGAUUUGUUGCCAAUGCCAUCUCUGAAGGCAACAAACUGGCAGCCAUUGUUGCCUUCCUUAUGCAUGAUACCACCAAAAGCAGAAUCGGCCUUGAGACAAGCCAUAUCUGCUACCAUCCCAAGGACGCAAUAGGGCAAAAGAAAGAACCGUACCUGUGACUCACCAGCUCACUCCCAGCUGGAUGCACAUGACAAAACCCAGCUUCGUGCCCAGCACCAAAAAGGCUCAGCUCCAUGCAACUGUCGGAUUCGCUGUCUGGCGGAGAGAAAAGACGUAUGCAAUGAAUGGAGGUCAUGGUCGUCGGCUGCAGGACAGAUUCACAGGGGCGUCUAUUUUGAGCCCCCUCCCUGGAGGGCUUCAAAAAGCGACCGAGCGAUCACCACCCUGGGAUGUUGUGAGAGGUGGUGAUUAGGGUGUCACACUGGCGAUGGACAAGCUGGACCUGGUCAAGCCUCCGGGU